AUGGCGUCCACUUCUUCAUUUAUUUAUCUGAAGGAUCCUCAUUCUAAAGAAAGGAAGAAGUUAGAAACAGACACAGUUGGAAACCUGCAAGUCCAGUCCUUCAUGAGUAGAGUUUCUGAUGAACUGAACCUACCAGAAGAACAACUGACUUUAAUGUAUGGUGGUCGUGUUUUAAAAUCUGGAAAGACGUUGGGCCAGUAUAAAAUUGAAGAAGGAAUGACGAUAUUUUAUAUGAUAAAGAAACCAAAGUCUGUGAAUUCUGGAGAGUAUGGCGUGAAAAGGGAGGAGUCUCAGCUAAAGAGAUUAGCACAGAACCCACGAGUACAUCAAAUAUUUCAGCGUAUAUUGGCAAACCCACUUUUGCUCUCUUCGAUUGUUCAAGGAACAGAAUUGGAGAAUAAUCCAGUUGUACAAAACUUUGCCAGUAAUCCUAUGAUACAAGCAGCUGCUUCUGAUCCACAAGAAUUAACAAGGAUAUUGGAAAGCGAUGAAUCCCAAGCUGAAGGUGCUCGUCAACUAUUGGAGCAAAUCGGUGCACUCGUUGCCGUGGAGAGAGGGUGUAACCGCGACGACGUUGAAGACGAUCAAAUUGUGGACAUGUUGGAACAAGCAGUUGAUGAUAACGAAAUGGAUUUCAUGGACAUGGGAGGAGAAGAAGAAGAACUGGCCGACGCACAAGAGCAAAUGUAUCAUUAUUCUCAAGCUAUUUUAGCUCAUCAGAACAGCAACCAACCACAAGGUCAGAGUAUGGAGACAAAUCCAGAGGCUACACCCAAUCCUCCUCCACCUCCUUAUCCUGGACCAAGUACUACUCCUGCUGGUCAGACAGCACCAGUAGCCAGUAGUCCCGGUAUUACACAGAACAUGUUAGCUGAUGCUCUAUCAAUAGCUGCUUCACCUACUA